UCUGAACUCGGAACUCUUGUUACACUGAAUGUUUCCGGAGGGAAGCUUUAGCUAGCGUACAGGAAGUGGCUAGUGACAUUCUCAUGCUUGUGCAGAGGACAAGGCUUGAGUGCUGUCACUGGAGGGUUGUGCUGUACCUGUGUAUCGGGUGAUCAUGGCAGCAGUGCUGGGUCGGAGGUUGGUGUGUGUGGCCCGGGGCUCCUCUGUGACUGACAGCCAUAUGUCCGCUGUGGUGUUUGUACGAUGCAAACAGACAGCCACAUGGUGGGAUGAACACCUCUCGGAGGAAAACAAAGACUAUCUAAAACGUGCAGCAGGACAGGAAUAUAAUGCCAUGACUGCUAGCAAACUGAACCCCCUCAAAGAUGAACCUUGGCCUAUUAAACCAUGGGAGCCCGGCUCAAGCCGGGUUGGUGUAAUAGCAGUUAAGCUUGGAAUGGUACCUCUGUGGACCAAAUCUGGUCAAAAACAUGCCGUUACCAUGUUGCAGGUUCGAGACUGCCAUGUGAUAAGGUAUACGCCAAAAGAAGAGGCUGGUGGUAGUGGUAGAUAUGCCAAACUUACAGUUGGAGGAAAAAACGUAUCCCCAUUCUAUAAACCAGAAAGUUUUAUGGAGAUCUACAGGGAAGCUGCGGUACCACCAAAGCAGAAAAUCAGUGAAUUCAGGGUUUCGGACAAUGCCAUACUAAAGCCAGGUACUCCCCUUUAUGCGGCACAUUUCCGUCCUGGUCAGUGCGUGGAUGUCACUGCCAAAACGAUUGGUAAAGGAUUUCAAGGAGUAAUGAAAAGAUGGGGAUAUAGUGGACAACCAGCAUCGCAUGGACAAACCAAAACGCAUCGUAGACCUGGUGCUAUUGCUGCUGGAGAUCCAGCGCGAGUGUUUCCAGGAACAAAAUUGCCCGGACCUUUGGGGAACUUCUUCAGGACAGCUUAUGCUCUUAAGGUGUGGAGAAUAAAUACAAAACAAAACAUCAUUUAUGUGAAAGGCUCUGUUCCUGGGCACAGCAACUGUUUAGUUAAGGUCACUGACACAAAACUCCAUGUCAAACAAAAAGGCUUUGAAAACCUUCCAUUUCCUACUUUUUUCGCUGAUGGAGAUGAAGAGUUGCCAGAAGACCUUUAUGAUGAAGACGUGUUCCAGUUCAAUGAACCCUCUGUUGAAUAUUCUUAGCAUUUCUGACAUCUCCAUUCCUAUAGGUGUUGUCUUCAAUCGCAGUGCUUACUAAAUGAGGUGCCCAGGUUACAGAAGGGAUUCCCUACCAUUGCCACCAGUCUUAUGCUGGAAGACACAAGAGCAUAAACACGUUUUCAUAUUGAACGCAACUAAGUUGAUUUCUGUACCUACAAUUUGCUUUAUAUUGUUAUGGAUCUUGUGGAUCCACAGGGCUUUUCUAAACUACUUGUGUCAUGACUUAACAUUAUCAGGCAUGUCAUGUUUUUUUUGAAAAAUAAAGACCGUUUAACCAUU